GAUCUAGAGUACAUCUUUCCUCCCCAACUGAGACUCGCCAUCAGCGCAACAUCGACACACUAAUCACUGGUCUAACUGAAAUAACUGAAUGGAAGGGUAAACAUCCACUUCAAUAUCCUAUCCACGUGCUCGAGCUUUCUCUUGAGUCUCCGUGAUACUACUCAUCGUUGGCCUGCAACAAUGGCUCGCCACGGGGAUACUCGCUCACCAUCACCUGUAGGCAGCACAUAUUCCUCAUCCAGACGGAGUCGCAGAGACGAUGAGCGCUAUGAGAGGAGCAGGCGCGACGAUGGCAGGAGUUACCGCCGAUCGCGCAGUCCGGAGCGACGAUACCGUGACCACGACCGCGACCGAGAUUCCUACCGGAGACGCGACCGCUCGUUAGACAGACGUGACGACUAUCGUGAUGAAGACAGCUAUCGCCCCAGCCGCAGGGAUCGCUCACGCGAUCGGCGCCGGUCAAGAGACCGAGACGAGCAGCGGGACUACCGUCGACGAAGCCGCGAUAGGGAUUAUCGAAGCAGGCGAGAAGACUCCCGCGAUCGGGCUCGGAGACGGACAGAUGAUUCUGCUGACUUGAAACACAAGUCUAGACGGGACGACAGCCGGGAUCGGGCGAGGCGCUCGCGGUCUAGGUCUCAUCAGACAUCCAAACAGUCGACUCCAGCGCCCGCAGCCCCAACAGAAGACGAGAAAAGAGCAGAACGGCGCGCGAAAUUGGAGGCAUGGAAACAGAAACAAGCAGCCGAGAAGGAGCGCAAGCAGCGCGAGGCUGCUGCGGCUGGUGGAGCUCGGAGUAUCUUGGAAGAAAUUGAUAGAAAGUCUGGCUUAUCGCCGGCUGUCAGUUCUCCUCAAUCUCCAGCCCCGCAGGUUGUUGAUGCGGCACCCGCUUCGUAUGCGGGCAAAUUUGAUCCCAAGGCUAUUGCUAAGAAGGGAGCCUCAACAACCUCGCCUGCGCCAGCUGUGUUGGGCAACGACGUUGCUGUGCCACUUCCCGCAAAAUCCACCAUUACCCCAACAUCUGGCAGCCCGGCUCCGGGUACGAGCAGCUCUUCCUCUACCUUAAAAGCCAAAGGCAAUGUGGGCAGGUUUGGUUUGGGCAGUAAACAGGCCGGUGAGGCUGAAAAGUCCACCGCUACAAGGACUUUGGGGUUCGGGGAGGAAGAGUCAACCCGGCGGAAGCUUGAGAGGCUGCCAACCCCGCCCCUGGACGAUACGAAGGAUAUAAAUGGAACUGCAGGCGCGGGUGCCGAGGAUGAUGACGAGGACGAUGUCGACAUGCAUGAUGGGACGGAGGAAGAGAACGCGGCAGCCGCCCGCGCAGCUGCCGAAAGGCGAGAGGAGCGCUUGCAGUUGGCUCAAUCCACGGACAACCCACAAGAAACCAACGGUGACACGGUCAUGGAAGACGUAUCAAACAACCAGCCCCUCGACAACAUGGAAGUCGAUGCUCAAGAGGAAGAAGAGGAGGUUGACCCAUUGGAUGCUUUCAUGUCCGAGCUCGUCGAGUCCGCUCCUCCAAGGAAGAAGGCCGGUGCGACGUUCUCGCGCACCAAACAACAGCAGCCGGAGGCCAUUUUCGGCGAUGAGCACGAUAUUGACGUGACUGCUGUCGGCGAGGGGGAUGCGGAUGACUUCCUCGCUAUUGCCAACAAGGCAAAGAAGAAAAAAGAUAUCCCCGCGGUCGAUCAUCAGAAAGUAGAAUACGAGCCAUUCAGGAGAAAGUUCUACACUGAGCCUUCUGACUUGGCGCAAAUUUCCGAGGAGGAGGCUGCAAGCCUGCGGCUGGAACUCGAUGGCAUUAAAGUUCGCGGUGUGGAUGUUCCCAAGCCAGUGCAGAAGUGGUCUCAAUGCGGACUAGGCGUGCAGACUCUGGAUGUGAUUGAGAAGCUUGGCUACGAGAGGACCACGUCCAUUCAAGCGCAAGCGAUCCCUGCAAUCAUGUCUGGUCGGGAUGUCAUUGGUGUUGCGAAAACAGGUUCGGGUAAGACGAUCGCGUUCUUGAUCCCCAUGUUCCGGCAUAUCAGGGAUCAACGGCCGUUGGAGAAUAUGGAAGGCCCGAUAGGUCUGAUCAUGACGCCUACCCGCGAAUUGGCGACACAGAUUCAUAAGGACUGCAAACCAUUCCUCAAAGCCCUGAACCUUCGGGCUGUCUGCGCUUACGGUGGAGCUCCCAUCAAGGACCAGAUUGCCGAUCUCAAGCGCGGUGCCGAAAUAAUCGUCUGCACGCCUGGGCGUAUGAUUGACCUUCUCGCAGCUAACGCUGGACGGGUCACCAAUCUGCGUCGGGUCACAUACGUUGUUCUUGAUGAAGCUGAUCGUAUGUUCGACAUGGGUUUUGAGCCCCAGGUGAUGAAGAUCAUGGCCAACAUACGGCCUGAUCGGCAAACCGUUCUGUUCUCCGCUACCUUCCCGCGGAACAUGGAAGCGCUGGCUCGCAAGACCCUUACCAAACCUAUUGAGAUUGUGGUCGGUGGCAAGAGUGUCGUUGCUCCAGAGAUUACGCAGAUUGUCGAGGUCCGCAACGAUGAUCAAAAAUUCGUGCGACUCCUCGAGUUGCUUGGUAACCUGUAUUCGAACGAAGAGAACGAGGACGCCCGGGCUCUUAUCUUCGUCGAUCGCCAAGAAGCCGCCGAUACUCUCCUUCGAGAACUGAUGCGCAAGGGCUAUCCGUGCAUGUCUAUCCACGGCGGCAAGGAUCAGAUCGAUCGCGAUUCCACCAUUGAGGAUUUCAAGGCCGGCAUCUUCCCGGUCCUUGUCGCUACCUCGGUUGCUGCCCGUGGUCUAGAUGUCAAGCAACUCAAGCUUGUUGUCAAUUACGAUGCACCCAACCAUCUUGAGGACUAUGUCCACCGUGCUGGACGUACCGGUCGUGCUGGAAACACCGGAACGGCCGUCACUUUCGUGACGGAGGACCAAGAACGGUACUCGGUGGACAUUGCCAAAGCCCUCAAGCAGAGUGGGCAGAAGGUUCCCGAACCGGUGCAGAAGAUGGUCGACUCAUUCUUGGAGAAGGUCAAGGCCGGUAAGGAGAAGGCCAGUGCCUCUGGCUUUGGUGGUAAAGGCUUGGAACGGCUGGAUCAGGAGCGAGACGCUGCACGUCUGCGUGAACGGCGCACGUACAAGACCGGCGAAGAGGGCGAGGAGGAAGAGGAGAAGGACGAGAAGAAGAAUGAACAAGCCGAAGAUCGGUUCGCUAAGGCAAUUUCGUCCGUUCAGGCCACAGCAACGGCAUCGACAUCUAUGCCAGGCGUUCCCAAGGGUAUUGAUCUGGAUGGCAAGAUCACUGUGCACAGGACCGAGAAGGAUCCUAACAGCGCAUCGAAGAACCCACUGGACAAGGUGGGCUCGGCUGUUGCGGAUAUUCACGCUCGUCUGAGCCGUGCCGGUGUGAUGAGAUCUGGAGUGCCCAUCGAUAAUCGCGGCCCAGAUGCGGGAGCUUUCCAUGCCACGCUGGAGAUCAACGACUUCCCCCAGAAAGCCAGAUGGGCUGUCACCAAUCGCACGAACGUCGCCAAGAUCCUCGAAGCCACCGGCACGUCGAUUACAACCAAGGGCAGUUUCUAUGCGACCGGCAAAGAGCCUGGUCCUGGAGAAAAUCCCAAGCUAUAUAUUCUUGUUGAGGGUGAGACAGAGCUGGCCGUCACGAACGCCAUGCGCGAGUUGAUGCGGUUGCUGAAGGAGGGCACGAUCGCCGCGGCGGACAGCGACGCUCGUGCUCCCGUGGGUGGACGGUACAAUGUGGUCUAGUUGAGUGGCGAGAUUUAAAUGUAGUCAU